AUGUCUGAAGAACAGAAGAAGCAACAAGGCCUAGGAGGCAUCCUCGGCGGCGUAACCGACACCGUGGGCAACACCCUCAGCGGCGUUACCGAUACUGUCGGCAACACCGUCUCAGGUGUCGGCCAAGGUGUGGGCAAGACAGCUGGAGGCGCCACUGAAGGCCUAGGCAACACGACCAAAGCUGUUGGCGAAACUACCAAAGGGGCCACCGACACGAUCGGAGGCAAGAAGCAGGACGCCAACAACCCACUGGGACUCUGA